GUGGACAUUUGGCAGUUGUCAGUACUUGUCAAAUUGACUUGUGAAGGUAAGAACAGGUACGAAGUACGUAGCUAUGGACGGGAAUCAGACGGAAUCCAGCGAUUCGCAGUUUAUCUCAUUUCAAGACUUUCCAUCGAUAAACCAUGGAGACAAUAUUAUUGGUCAAGCACAGUUGAACGUCCACACAUCUAGUCAUCAAGGUUUUAAUAACCUAUCAAAUGACCCGACGGGUAUCGGCAUUAUUGAGGACCUUCAAGGAAUGCCUGAUAAGAGUGAAGCCACAUCAUCUCGUAACUUUUGGACGAUUGAAUAUUAUCAAAAGUUCUUUAAUGUGAACACAGAUGAUGUUGUGGAGAGGAUUAAACGGUCUAUAAUUCCACAUAGUAGCGACAACUACUUAAUAUCCCACAUAAGACCCAACCCAGAUCUUUACGGUCCAUUCUGGAUUUGCAUUACCUUGGUAUUCUCUAUAGCUGUUAGCGGAAAUUUAGCUAACUAUUUGCAAACAGCAAAUUCAAGCAACUAUCAUUGGAAGUAUGAAUUUCAUAUUGUGUCUCAUGCAGCUACUUGCAUAUUUUUGUACGCAUGGUUGCUACCAGUUGCAUUGUGGGGUGCAUUGAAAUGGACUACUAGCACGAGAAAUACGGAAGAAGAAUUAAUUGAGUCUUAUGCAACACCUGGCCUCUUGGAACUCCUCUGUCUUUAUGGUUACUCUUUAGCCAUCUAUGUUCCAGUAGCCUUUCUGUGGACAAUACAAAUUGGGUGGUUACAGUGGAGUUUAGUGGUAUUAGCAACCUUCUUGUCUGGUGGAGUUCUAGUAGGAUCUUUGUUGCCUGUAGUAGCAGGAAGAUACAGGGUGGUAUACUUAGCGAUAAUUCUUGGACUGCAUAUCCUUUUGGCAGUAGGAUUCAUGCGAUACUUCUUUCAUAUGCCAUCCAAGACCUACAACCCCCCAGUGGUGAAUCCACUUGAGUUAAGCUCAGUACAGCCGACACAACGAUUGUCUUCUGUCAAUUUGAAUUUGGACGUUGUCUAAUUGUUCGGCGAAUUCUCCGUCUUCGUGCAAAUAGAAUUAAUAUUUAUACUAUAUUUGCGAAACAAAAAAUAAAUGACGUUAACUGAAA